AUGAAGCUGUCUCUCGCUACCAUUGUUGCCUUCUCUGCCCUUGUUGUGGCUCAGAACCCCAGUCCUGAGACCGUGUCCAGUGAUAUUGCUACCGGCACCCCCUCCACCCUGUCUCCUGGAUCCACCUCCCAGGCUGCCUCCGGUACCCUUGCCGCUCCCACUGCCACCCCUACCUCCACUGCCACUUCCGCCAACCUCUCUGUGCUCGACAAUGUGCUCAGCGAGGUUCAGGCCGUUCUGGCUGACGUUCUGGCCGAGCUUCCCGACAUUCCAGAGCUGCAGGCUCUGAUUGCCACCGUGAAUGCCUCCCUGACAGACAUUCUUGCCCGUCUCCCUGCUCUGGAGGCAGGUCAGUCGGCUUCUUCGGCCGCUGCCGCUUCCUCCACUGCUUCAGCCUCUCCCUCCAGCAACUUCACCAACCCUCUGCUCGUCCGACAAGUUCGCCGGGUGGUCAAGCUUGUUGCCCGAGAUUCCAUUGCCGAACUUUCCGACGACGUCAGCACUCUAGUGGGCAACCUUCAGGCCAUUGUCGCCAUCAUCGAGGGCGUUGAGCCCCGAUCCGACUCUCUUCAGGCUGCCCUUGACCAAAUUCUGGCCAUUAUCGCUCGACUUGAGAACUGGUUAGCUGAGACCAACGGUGAGGAGGUCCCCACUUCCUCCGCCGGCUCUGCCAUUUCCGGCUCUGCCUCUGUCAUUUCCGGUUCCGCCCCUGCCACCUCCACUUCUCCCUUUGUCACCACUCUGAGCAUCUCUUCUGCUUCUGCUUCUGCUUCUGUUUCUGCUGGUUCCGAUGGCUCUUCCUCUUCCUCUUCCUCUUCGUCCACUGAGGUCACCAUUGUCUACGUCAAGGAGUGCGGCUGCUACAAGCACAAGGACGGCUCUGUUGCUACCCAUGAGGAGGUCGAGGCCCACGAGGCUGCGCAUUCCCAGUCCAAGGGAGAUACCGAGUCCAAGGGAGAUACCAAGGGCUCCUCUUCCGGAGGUAAGACUACUUACUCCACUGACUCUGCCUCUUCUGGAUCCAGCUCCUCCGGUUCUUCCUCUUCCGGCUCCAGCUCUUCUGGAUCAGCUUCCCACGCGGGAUCUUCCUUCUCUGGAGCUUCCUCUCCAGGCUCUGCUGUUUCCGACUCUUCCAGCUCUUCUAGAUUAGCUGCCCACGCUGGAUCUUCCUCCUCUUCCGGUUCAUCUUCCAGCUCUUCCCCCGCAGCUGCUGCCGGCGGAUCCUCUGCCCCUGGCUCUGCUCCCGCUGCCGGACCCGCUCUUUCGCCUGCUGGAGAGCACGUUGCCCAGGCCAACGGUGCCUCUGCCAUGUCUGUCGGUACCGCUGCUCUUGCUCUGCCCUUCAUCAUGGCUCUCUUUUAA